AUGCAGCUAUGUUUCCUGGUUGUACAAGCAACAUCAGAUGAGUGGAACUACCCUACACCAGGUUCAAAUGGGAUUAUGAGCGAACCAGAAAACUGGGGAGGUCAAUGUGACAACGGUCGUCGACAGUCUCCUAUAGAUCUAACCCAAACAGCUGCGGUACGAGGCGAAUUUGCACCCUUAUUUUUCAGCAACUAUAAACUCCCGAUUAAACAGGCGCAACUGGUCAACACAGGACAUUCGGUUCAGAUAUCUAAUAAGGACUCCGCGGUAACGAUACAAGGAGGUGGAUUAGGUGGACGUUUUGUGCUUGAUCAAAUGCAUUUCCAUUGGGGUUCUGAGCACACCUUCAACAGCACGCGGUUUGGACUUGAGCUGCAUCUAGUACAUCAUGACACACGCUAUUCGUCCCUAGAAGCUGCAGCGUCUGUUCGCAAUGGAGUAGCCGUUCUAGGGAUACUCUUCCAUGUAAGUGCUCAGCCGAAUAUGCACAUUGAUGUAAUUCUCGACGCUUUGGCAGAUAUUCAGAAAGUAGCGGGGAAAGAGACGCUGUUGAAAGGUAAACUUGCCCCACAUUAUCUACUACCAGCAAACCGUACCACAUUUUAUCGAUACGAAGGUUCUUUAACCACACCGGCCUGUGCUGAAUCGGUUAUUUGGACAGUUUUCACCGAGACUGUUGGUGUAUCUCUCGAUCAAAUAGAGCAAUUUAAGGGAAUCCAUGCCCAAAACGGUAGAGAGCUGGUGAAUAACUUUCGUUCUGUUCAACCCCUCAAUGCACGUGCUUUAGUGUAUGUAACUGAAUGGGAUCGACAGGGCAAUAGCUUUGCAGCGGCACCAAGUUUGAAUUCGCAUUUAAUAGCUUUGGUUGGAAUAUUUAUAGUUAAACUUUUUAUAAAAUAUUAG